CUAUUUAAUGCCAAAACACACUCUUACAUUCCAACAGUCAUUGAUGAAACCAUCCAGACUCUGUACUUCAAACCAUUUUGGCUACUUAAGUUAUGCUAAAAGGCUUGUGAACAGACAUUCUGAAAACUCUAAACUGUCAUCACUGACCAAUGUCACCACCCUGACUUACGCCACCAUAAAAGGAAACAAUGAUAAAGAAACCAUUUUGAACUUUAAACGGAUACAUUGUUCAGGUAUCAGGUCCUUUGAGCUUACAUACGCUGCUGUAUUCAAAGCUUGUGCAUCAUUCUUGGCCCUUGAAGAAGGCCGACAGAUCCACGUUGACUGCUUGAAACAUGGGUUGGACUCUGAUGUGUAUGUUAGGAACACCAUGAUUCAUUUUUACGGGUCUUGUAAAAAGAUAAUUGAUGCACGCAAGGUGUUCGAUGAAAUGCCGUACACAAGUGUUGUUUCUUGGAACACUAUCAUUUCGGCUUAUUUUCGCGUGUCGUGGUUUUAUGAAUCGGUUGAGUGUUUUAUGAAGAUGCGAGACGUUGGAAUUGAGCCGGACGGGACUACAUUUGUGGUGGUGCUCUCUGUGUGUGCCGAGCUUGGGAACUUAACGUUCGGGAAAUAUGUGCAUGCCCAGAUGAUUGAAAAAGGAUUAGGACUCAAUUGUCGGUUAGGAACAGCACUUAUUAACAUGUAUGGCAAGUGUGGGGCUUUGAAUAUGGCGAGUUUAGUGUUUGACAAAAUGGUCGAUUGUAACGUGUGGACUUGGAGUGCAAUGAUUCAAGGAUUAGCUCAACACGGGCUGGCUAGACACGCCAUUGCACUUUUCGAGAAAAUGAAAGACGCUUCGAUCCAGCCUAACCAUGUGACGUUUCUUGGUGUUAUUUGUGCGUGUAGUCACGCUGGAUACGUGGAGGAUGGGUACCGAUUCUUUGAAGAAAUGAAGAAUGUUUAUGGGAUUAAGCCUCGGUUGACACACUAUGGUGCAAUGGUGGAUGUGUUAGGUCGAGCCGGUCAUCUUACAGAAGCAUACAACUUCAUUGUAAACAUGCCCAUCGAGCCUGAUCCAACAGUGUGGAGAACUUUGCUCAGUGCAUGCAGUGUUCACAGUGCUAGUGAUUUUGACGGGGUUGGGGAGAAGGUACAAAAGAAGCUACUUGAAUUGGAGCCGAGAUGGAGCGGGAACUUGGUUAUGGUUGCGAAUAAAUAUGCAGAAGUAUGCAAAUGGGAGGAUGCAGCCCAGAUGAGAAAGAGUAUGCGGUUUAAAAGGCUGAAAAAGAUCGCCGGAGAGAGCUGCAUUGAGGUAAACGGGUUAACGUUUAGAUUGUUAUCUGGGUUUGAUUCUCAAGCUCCUUGUGUGGAUAUCUACUUGUUACUCGAUGGUUUAUGUUUAAACAUGAAGAUUAACAAUCCAUAAUGUAUACAUAGUCUGGUCUAUUGUAAAAAAAGUGAAGAAUAGACGUGUUUUCACCAA